UUAUUGAGCUUAAAAUGUACCAAGACACAAAAAUAUACACAUAUAUCUCUUAUUAAAAAAAAUCACAUACACAAAAUGACUACAAAAGUCCUGUUUGUUUCUUUCCUUGUCCUAGUCCUAGCGAUUGAUGCCGCCUAUGGGGGUAGCAUUCCGAUCUAUUGGGGCCAAGGUCGUGAGAGUACUCUCAGCCAAGCAUGCUCGUCCAAGUUAUAUUCACAUGUUAACAUAGCCUUUCUUAGUAAGUUUGGCAAAGGAAGAACUCCUAUGCUAGAUCUAGCUACACAUUGCAAUCCAUCAACAGGUGGUUGCAGAUUCCUAAGUAAUGAAAUCAAGUAUUGUCAAUCGAUUGGGGUAAAGGUCUUACUCUCAAUAGGUGGUAAUGGUGCGGAUUACACCUUGAACUCUCCAAAUGAAGCUAAAGACCUAGCAAAUUAUUUGUGGAACAAUUUCUUGGGAGGCUACUCUCGUACACGACCAUUUGAUAAUGUUGUGCUUGAUGGGAUCGACUUUUAUAUUCAAAGCGGAUCAACAAAAUAUUAUGACAUAUUGGCGCGUUACUUGGCUGCCUACAACACAAAAUCUCCAAGAAAGGUGUACCUAAGUGCAGCUCCUCAAUGCCUCAUCCCAGAUAAGCAUCUAGAUGCUGCCUUAAACACGGGCCUUUUCGACUACAUUUGGGUCCGAUUCUUUAACAAUCCUUCAUGUGAGUACACUGCUGGGAAUAAGAAAAACUUCUUUAAGACAUGGAAUUAUUGGACAUCAAUCAAAACAAGAAAUGUGUUCUUAGGGUUGCCUGCAUCCACUAAAGCCGCCGACACCGGGUUUAUUCCGGUAGAUGUACUAAAGUCACAAGUGCUUCCUGUUAUUAAGAAAUCUCCCAAGUAUGGAGGUGUGAUGCUUUGGUCAAGGUAUUGGGAUCAAAUUGAAAAAUACAGUCCUUCCAUUAAAUACUACGUUUGAUGAAUUUGUGAAUGCUCACAAAUUUAUCAAGAAACGUUACGUUACUCAUGAAUAAGCUAAAAGGAUGUGUGUACGUAAUUUAAUUACGUGCAUGUUUAUUUAAUGUUGUUGUUUUCAUUUUAUGUAUGCAUGUAAUUAAUUUAACAGAAAUAAAGAAUUAAAGAGGGUGUAAUUAUAAAAUGGGAGGAGAGAAUAGAAACACUUCUCAAUUUCUCUUCUCUUGGUAUUAGUUUAUGUCAACAUAGGCUUGGUAAAAUAGCCUAUAUAAAAUUAUGUAUGUAUUUCAAGUAAGAUUAAUAAAACUCAAUACAAGUAUUUCUCUUUUAUAUGGAGUACACUUCAUGAUAUAUUGUAUUAGAGUAUCUC